AUGGAAGCCAACCCGUCCCUGCUAGACACCGUUGGGGUGGGGGACCUGGUCCUGCUGGACCCCCUGUCGGAGGAGUCACUGCUGCAGAACCUCAAGGAGCGGUUCCGGCACCAGGAGAUUUACACGUACAUCGGGAAUGUGGUGAUCUCGGUGAACCCGUACCAGCCCCUGCCCAUCUACUCCCCACAGACGGUGGAGAAUUACCGCAACUCCAACUUCUUCGCCGUCAAGCCGCACAUCUACGCGAUCGCUGACGAUGCCUAUCACUCCCUGCGGGACCGUGACAAGGACCAGUGCAUCCUGAUCACAGGCGAGAGCGGCGCGGGCAAGACGGAGGCCAGCAAGCAGGUGAUGUCCUACGUGGCCGCCGUGUGUGGGAAGGGUGAGGAGGUGAACCAGGUGAAGGAGCAGCUGCUGCAGUCCAAUCCGGUGCUGGAAGCCUUCGGUAACGCCAAGACCAUCCGCAACGACAAUUCCUCCAGAUUUGGCAAGUACAUGGACGUGGAGUUUGACUUCAAGGGCCAGCCCCUGGGCGGCGUCAUCAGCAACUACCUGCUGGAGAAAUCCCGAGUCGUGAGACACGUCAAAGGGGAGAGGAAUUUCCACAUCUUCUACCAGCUCCUGGCCGGGGGAUCAGACCAGCUCUUGAGGGGGCUGAAGCUGGAGCGGGACUGCAGACGCUACGGAUACCUCGGCCGCGAGGACCCCAGCCUGCCGGGCGUGGACGAUGCAGCCAACUUCCGAGCUGUUCAGGACGCCAUGAUGGUCAUCGGCUUCUCGCCGGCCGAGGUGCAGGCGCUGCUGGAGGUGGUUGCCGUGGUGCUCAAACUGGGGAACGUAGAGCUGGGCAGCCAGUUCCAGGCCAGCGGGAUGGAGUCCUGCAGCAUCCAGGACACGCGAGCUGUGCGGGAGAUCUGCGAGCUGAUCGGCCUGCCGGAGAGCGUCCUGGAGAAGGCCCUGUGCUCCCGCACCGUGGAGGCCAAGAGGGAGAAGGUGGUGACAGGUCUGAGCAUGGCCCAGGGCUGCUAUGGGCGGGACGCCCUGGCGAAGAACAUCUACAACCGGCUCUUCAACUGGCUGGUGAACCGCAUCAACGCGAGCAUCAAGGUGGGUGUGCUGGGACACCGGCCCCGGGUGGGGCUCGAACCCCCGGCCAAGGCGCAGGAACUGCUGUGUAACAACAGCUUCGAACAGUUCAUCAUCAACUACUGCAACGAGAAGCUGCAGCAAAUCUUCAUCCUGAUGACGCUGAAGGAGGAGCAGGAGGAAUACGUGCGGGAGGGCAUCCAGUGGACACCGGUGGACUUUUUUGACAACAGCAUCAUCUGCAGCUUGAUUGAGGACAGCAAGGCCGGGAUCCUGGCCAUGCUGGACGAGGAAUGCCUGCGCCCCGGGGUGGUGACCGAGGAGACCUUCCUGGCCAAGCUGAACCAGGUGUGUGCCAGCCACAAGCACUAUGAGAGCAGAGCCACGCAGAACGCCCGGCACGUCACGGACACCAGCCUGGCCGGCUCCUGCUUCCGUGUCCACCACUACGCCGGCAAGGUGACCUACAAUGUGACAGGGUUCGUGGAGAAGAACAACGACCUGCUGUUCCGCGACCUCUCGCAGGCCAUGUGGAAAGCUCGACACGAACUGCUGCGCUCCCUCUUCCCUGAGGGGGACCCCCAGAAAGCCUCCCUCCGGCGCCCCCCCACCGCGGGCUCCCAGUUCAAGGCCUCCAUUGCCACGCUCAUGAAGAACCUGUACUCCAAGAACCCCAACUACAUCAGGUGCAUCAAACCCAAUGACAACAAAGAGCCCGGUGUGUUCACGGACGGGCUCGUGCAGAUGCAGGUCCGGUACCUGGGGCUCCUGGAGAACGUGCGGGUGCGGCGGGCCGGCUACGCCUACCGGCAGGGCUACGAGCCAUGCCUGGAGCGCUACAAGAUGCUCUGCAAGCAGACCUGGCCCAAGUGGAAGGGGGGUGCCAGGGACGGUGUCCAGGCCCUGCUGACCGAUCUGCGCAUCCUCCCAGAGGAGCUGGCAUACGGGCGCAGCAAGAUCUUCAUCCGCACCCCACGCACUCUCUUCGACCUGGAGGACAGGCGCCGGCUGCGCAUGGCUGAUCUGGCGUCGCUGAUCCAGGCCACCUACCGCGGCUGGAGGUGCCGCACUCAUUACCAGCAGAUGCGCAAGAGCCAGAUCGUCAUCUCGGCCUGGUUCCGGGGACAGGCGCACAGGAAGCGGUUCGAGAAGAUGAAGAAGUCGGCGCUGCUGAUCCAGGCCUGGGUCCGGGGAUGGAAGUCUCGCAGGCUCCUGCGGGAGCUGAAGCACCAGAAACGCUGCAGCCAGGCCGCGGCCACCAUUUCUGCCUACUGGAAAGGGUACAAGACGCGGAAGGAAUACAAGAAAUAUUUCCGCUCCGGGGCGUCUGCCACCUUGGCCAAUUUCAUCUACAGGAGACUGCUGCAGAAGUUUUUCCUGGGGCUGCAGAGCAACCUUCCCCCCCUGGUAGUGACGGAUCGCAGCUGGCCCGCCGCCCCCUACAAGUUCCUGGCAAACACCAACGAGGAACUGAAGAAAAUAUUCUACCCCUGGAAGUGUAAGAAGUACCGGGACCGGCUGACUCCGCAGAGGAAAGCUCUCCUGCAGGACAAGCUGUGUGCCAGCGAGCUCUUCAAAGACAAGAAGACCCUGUAUGCCAAGAGCCUCCAGCAGUCGUUCCAGGGCGAGUACCUGGGUCUCCAGAAGAACCCCAAGUACCGGACGCUCCAGACGGCGGCCGAGGGCAAACUGGUCCUGGCCGACACCGUGCAAAAAGUCAACCGAGCCAAUGGCAAGACUGUUCCCCGGCUCUUCCUGCUCACCAAGAAUCACAUCAUCCUGGCCGACCCCAAGGCCGCCCAGCCCAAAACCGUGGUCAGCCUGAGCGACAUCCGGAGCGUCUCGGUCACCCGCUUCUCCGACGGCUUCUUCGUCCUGCACCUCAAUGAGACCUCCACAGUGGGAACCAAGGGCGACUUCCUCCUCGUCAGCGACCACCUGAUUGAGCUCGUCACCAAGCUCCACCAGACGCUGCUGGAGACGACCACCAAGACACUCAACCUGCAAGUGGCUGAUGAGUUCUCCACACAGUUCGGCAAGGGCAGCGUCGCCAUCCGGAUCGUGGAGACGGCCCAGAAGAACGGGGCUGCGCCUGUCUGCAAAAAAAGAGGUAGCCACAAGAUGGAGGUCCUGGUCCACUGAGGCACCAGGACGCCUGCCAUGCCACGGGGCGGGGAUGGCUGGGAAGCCGCCAUGCCAGCAGCUGAGACCCUGGCACCCGAGGCCCCAUGGCAGGGCACGAUCCCGCCCGGCCGGCGGCACGGACCUUUCUCCUUUCGCUCUGAUCACUGCCAGUCUCUCGGAAAACCCAGGCAGCCUGAGGCCAGGGACAUGCCAGGCUGGUGAGAGCCCUUCCAAUUGCCGUGCCUAGGUGGAGAUCUUCGCUCGAGGCCGACUCCCUGCUCUCGGGUGGAGA